AUGAUCAUUGGGCAGAAGGGCGUCAAGUACGGGCUCACAGUAAAAGGUCCCAAGACCAGUGCUGCCUCCAAAACGCUCAAACCAUCGGUGUUCGAAGCGGGCGACUCUGACGACGAGCAUGACAACGUGGAGCAACAGAUUGCUCGACAGCAAGUCCGGAAGCAGGACGACCAGAAGGUAGCAGCGUUGCAUGCCGCAGCUCUGGCUGAGGACGCCGCUGUGUUUGACUACGAUGGCCACUAUGAUGCCAUUCAGGAGGCCAGGGAGGAGCCCAAGCGCAGAGAGAAGAAGGAGCGCCAAUCCCGCUACAUUGCUGGACUCCUAGAGAAGGCUGAGGAGAGGAAGCGGGAGCAGGACGUCCUGUAUGAGCGACAAAUGCUCAAGGAGAGGGCAGCCGAGGAUCAUCUGUUUGGGGACAAGGAGCGCUUUGUCACCGCUGCCUACAAGAAGAAGCUGGAGGAAGACCAACGCUACGUCGCCAACCAGAAACGCAUCCAAGCGGAUGAGGAGGCGAAUGCGGUCGAGAAGAAGGGCCACAUGGGCAACUUCUAUCGCAACCUCUUCAAGAGCAAUGUGGCGUACAAUGGCAGUUCCAGUUUAGGUGAGUACGCCGUGUCAGGGCCUUGCUGCGACCUGGGCCCCUAUGGGGGCACAGUGUGGGCCAGCCCCGAUUCCAAAAUGCCUCCCCCCGACUCCACAGGUGUGCGUCCGACUCGACUCAUAGACGUCUCUCAGAGCCAAAAUCAGUCGAGUGAGGAGGAGUGCCCUGACAGCGUCAGUGAGGGCUCCAUGGCGGACAGCGAUGCGUCCUCGCAGGAUAACGAGGAGGAUGUCGGGAGUGUGGGAUCGGCCGACAGCACCAGCCAGGAUGAGGAGGACGAGGAGGAGAGCAACUCAUCCGGGGACGACGCCUGGCCCUCAGAUGCAGAGAACGUCCCACAGAAUGCCCAGCAAAGAAAUGAAGUGGCAGCUGGCGAAGCGGGGGCCGCGCUGCUGGCGGACAAGAUCCUGGACACGCGUGAUGGAGCCGAUGGCGCGCCGGAGUGCCUCGUGAAGCUCAAGGACAAGAGCUACCGAGAGGUGCAGUGGCUGCCCCGCAGAUCCCUGGAGGAGACCAAGCCGGGCCUGCUGCGCGGCUUCCUGAAGAGGCAGGAGGCAGGCGAGCUCAACCCCUACGGGGACCUGGCCUCGGGCAUCCACGCCGACUGGACGGUCGUGGAGCGCGUCAUUGCGCACCGAGCAGGGCCGGCCGAGCGCUUCCUCAUCAAGUGGAAGGGGCUGGGGUACAUGACGCGGUACCAUGAGCUGCGCUCACCGGGGUACCACAAGAAGCUCACCCAGGCUGCUGCCUCCAACCCGAAGACCACCGCAGUUCCCACCUUCUGCAACGGGCGCGAGCUGAGGGCGUACCAGAAGGAGAGCCUGGCUUGGAUGGCAGCCAACUGGAUGGGCCUGGGCAAAACAGCCCAGUCCAUCGCCAUUCUGGCGCUGCAGCAGCAGUCUGGCGGCGUGGCCGGCCCCUUCCUGGUGGUGGCCCCGCUGACCACGCUGGGUCACUGGCAGCGCGAGAUCGAGGCCUGGACCGCGCUGGACUGCGUGGUGUACGCUGGCAGCGCUGCAGACCGCGAGGCCAUCCAGGACGUCCACUGGGCGACGGUGGUGGUGGACGAGGCGCACAGGAUGAAGUCCAGUGGCUCAGCCACGCGGGCGGUUCUGGAGGCCCUCCCGCGCCACUGGCUCCUCCUGCUCACGGGGACGCCAGUGCAGAACAACAUGCGCGAGCUGCACGGUCUGCUCAGUCUUGUGGACCCGGUGCUCUUUGGCACGGAGUCCGAGUUCCUGGGCCGGUACGGGGACGAGAGGACCGGCAUGGAGGCCGCACAGGUCCAGCGCCUCAAGGUGGCACUGAAACCCAUCCUCUUGCGGCGGAUGAAGGAGGAUGUGGAGACGCUGCCGGAGAAGGAGGAGGUCAUCAUCUGGGUGGAGCUCACCACGACGCAGCGGGCCUACUACCGCGCCAUGUAUGAGAAGCAGAUCGGCGUGCUGCUUCAAGGCGCUGCACCCCGGAACCUGCCAAACCUAAAGAACCUGGCGAUGGAGCUCCGCAAGAUCUGCUGCCAUCCAUUCCUGUGCAAUGGGCUGGAGGACGACCUCAUGCGACGGGAGACGGAAGCUGGGCGGAAGCUGGACACCGCAGCGCGCAUGACCGCCGCCAGCGGCAAGAUGCUGCUCCUCUCCAAGCUCCUGCCCAAGCUGCGGAGCGAGGGCCGCAAGGUGCUCAUCUUCUCCCAGUUCAAGAUCAUGCUGGACGUUCUGGAGGACUACCUGGACGGGGAGGGCUGGCCUCAUGAGCGCAUCGACGGCUCCACGCCCUCUCGUGACCGGCAGGCCGCCAUAGACCGCUUCAGCGCAGGCAAGACGGACAGCGAGGGGCGGGGUCGGGGCUCGGACGGUUUCGUCUUCCUGCUGUCCACCCGCGCCGGCGGCCAGGGCAUCACCCUCACGGCUGCCGACACCUGCAUCAUCUACGACUCCGACUGGAACCCCCAGAACGACCUGCAGGCCAUGGCGCGGUGCCACCGGAUCGGUCAGCACAAGGAGGUGACCAUCUACCGCCUGGUCACCAGGGACACCUAUGAGGCCAAGGUCUUCGAGAUUUCCUCUCGCAAAGCAGGACUGGACGAGGCCAUCCUCGGAGUGACGGGGCCCCAGCAGGACCCGGAGUUGGACAGCCGCAAGAUCUCGGAGCUGCUGAAAAACGGCGCGCAUGGACUGGAGGACAUGGCGGCGGCGGCUCAGCAGAGCAACGAAUUCGUGUCGGAGGACAUCGGUCAGAUCCUGGCGGGCCGCACCGAGAAGCGCCAGAUCGGGAGCCGGGCCGGCAACUCGUUCUCGGCGCGCAAGGUGGGGAGGCGCCGCAAGCAGGAGGAGGAGGACGGCGACGACUCCACCUACGAGGCGGAGCCGGGGUCGGCGAGCGGCGACGACCGUGCGAGCAGCGGCGGCGAGGAGGACACAGAGGGCGUUGACGCCACGACCACAGCGGCCCAAGCCCGCAAGCCCCGCAAACGCUGGCCCAAGGGCGGCCCCCGGCAGUGGAGCCCCGCGUCGGUGACGGCGUUCGAGGACGCGCUCCUGUGCCUGGGCGAGGACCGCGCGGAGGAGGCCAUGCAGCGCAUCGGCGCGACUCACUGUGCGGACCUGGGGCCUGAGGCGGCGCCCGCCCUGGCCUCCUUUGUCCGGCUGCUGGCGGACACGGUGGCGAGCACGCCCUCCCCUCCCAGGCCCGAGCUCCCGUCCGACACCCUGCAGCGGCACCUCAACAUGGACUGCCCCCCCGUCGCGGCGCUGUGUCCGCAGGAGGUCCUGGAGGCCGGGGACGAGGCUGUCGAUGCAUGGCUGCGCGACUUCACAAGCGAGAAGGUCGAGGCGGCCACGGCCUGGGCGAGGAGCGAGUUCGAGGCGCGCGUGCCCGAGUUCUGGGCGGAGCACGUGAUGGGCCGCAUCGCUGAGCAGAUGCCCCCCCGCCUCGCCAAGGUGGUAUCACAGCCGGAGUACCAAUCGCGCUGGACGCUGCGUGGCGCUGCCUUUGCCAACUGCCUGAAGCAGUGGAAGGUGCUCGCCGCCCAGCGCGGCCGCCCCAUCCCCUUCCCCGAGGGCGCCUACCGCACGAUCGUGCAUAAGAAGGUUGCGGACUGGUUCACUGCCAGCCAUUUCCAGACGAUGCUGGAGGUGGUCCAGGAGAUAUGGAGACAUGCCACGAGGGGCCUGACAGCCUUCCUGGUCGACACCAUGGGCCGCCUGUCCCAGCUGAUCGAGGAGGACGAGCGGAAGCGUCAGAUCCAGUCGGCUCCCGUCCUCGAGCUCGGCUUGGCGCCUAGGGAGGCAGCACAUGCACUCAGAGUGCAGGCCAUGGACACUGACGACCAAGACCCUUACAGCAUCCUGUACGGGAAGGACAACGGGAACAGAGCGCCGGCGUUCAACGCAUCGUGGCUGUUCUAUGAGGCACAGAUCAGCGGGCCAAAACCCCCCUGGAGCAGGAUCAAGUAUCGCGGGGAUGCACACCUGGACGACGCAGUGCCGGGUGGAUGGUACGACGCCGGCGACCACCUGAAGCUCAACUUCCCCCUGGGCCAGGCAGUGUCCUUCCUGGCCUGGGCUGCUCUGGACUUCCCCGAGGCCUUUGCCGCGGCCAGCCCUGCCAACAACCCGGUGGAGAACAUCCGGCUCGCAGCGCAGUACCUCAUGGACUGCCACGUGGGUAAGCACGAGUAUGUGGGCCAGAUCGGGGACCCCGACAUCGACCACGAUUACUGGGGCCGGCCGGAGGAGCAGCGCGGUAGUCGCCCCACUUUCCGGUGGACACUCGCCACGCCCGCCAGCGACCUCCUGGGCUCGGUGGCUGCGGCCCUCGCCGCCAGCCACCUGCUCCUCAAGGGACGGGAUGAGAAGAUGGCUGCUGAGCUCCUGCGCCAUGCAGAGGAGCUGUACGCCUGGGCCAAGGAGGUGCAAGGCAAGUACAACGCGGCCCACAAGGGCGCAACACACGUCUACCAGUCCAGCCGCUUCCUGGACAAGCUCAUGUAUGCGGCGGCCUGGCUAUUCAGGGCGACCGGGCAAGGACGGUACGCUGAUGAUGCGCUGGCCCACUGGCGAGCCGCCGGCGGCAGCGGCGACGUCGUCACGAGCUGGGACUCGCUCUCCGUCCCAGCCCUCAACCUGCUGCUGGGCCUGGCGGCGCAGGGAAAGGCGGUGCCUGGAAAGGACGAAUAUGAAGCCUGGUUCCAGAACAAUUUUCUGUCCGCCUGGUUUGACCCCAGAAGCGGCCACUGGGACAUGAAGAAGUCGCCAAAGGGGCUCAUUGUCCCCGGAUUUGCUGACUUUGGGAACCUGCGCUAUGCCUGCAACACCGCCUUCAUGAUGGCGCUGCGCGCCUCCUACUCGCCGAGCGAAGAAAGCAAGGCCCUGGCCUGGUGCCGCCAGCAGCUGGACUAUGUGCUGUGGUCCACCGGCCGCAGCUUCGUGGUGGGGGUUGGGAGCGGGUACCCGCUGCGGCCGCACCACCGAGCCGCCUCCAUCCCAGCGGCAGCCGCGGGGCAGGGGCGCGUCUGGCAGUACCACAACAGCCCGGACCCCAACCCGCACGUCCUGACGGGGGCGCUGGUGGGAGGGCCGGUGAGGGGCGACGAUGGGUACGAGGAUGCGCGCCCCAACUUCCGGGCCAAUGAGGUCGCGGUGGACUUCAACGCCGGGUACACUGGGGCGCUGGCGGGCGUCCUGGCCAUGGAAUCGCGCAGCCUGCAGAUUUCCACCAACUGA